AAACACCCAAAGACACUGCGGAAGUACGAGCAGAGUCCACAGAAAUCAAGAAGUGAACGACCGCCGUGAAAAUCAACCGUCGUCAAUUUACCGACACAGCUCUAAACCUAAUCAACCUCCGAUCCGGUGAAUCAAAUGGAUGACUUUGGAAUGUUGGCAAGAGACUUAGGAUUUCGGCCUCAAGGAAAAUCUACCCCGAUGAAACCGUCCUCAUCAGCUACCGCCACUGAAGAGAAUCAUAUAUUCAGCGACGUGUUUGGUGGUCCGCCUAAACACACAAACAGCUCUAAAUCGACAUCGGCUAUGACAGAUUUUGAUUAUGAUGUGAUCUUCAAAAAUUCAGCCCCCACGAAAAAUGAGGAAGCUAAAAGCAAAGCUACAUCUGUGAAAUUGCCCGUUUACGAUAAACCGGCUUAUGAUAACGACAUUUUCGACGGAUUGUCAGGAUUAAAGAGUAAAUCGAUGUCUUCUUCUGCUUCGCCGAGAUACGAAGAGAACAUUUUCGCAUCGAUGUCUACAUCGCCGUCUAAACGGAAUCAACAGAGUGAUCAUUUCGAUGAUCUUACGGGGAAUCCAAGUCGAGCACAGAAAGUUGAACCUACCACGCAGAAUCGUAGUAAGAGUCCAAGUGGUUUUGAUGAUCUGAUUCCUGGCUUUGGAAGUGGCAGACCUGCGACCAGUAACAGAUCAAAUUCAGAGCCUACCCCAAAAUCAACCACCAAUACAAAGGAAACUUCUAAUACAAUGCAUAAUCUGUUUGUGAUUCAUGAGUCUAGUUCAACCACUGCUAAUUCACACCAGAGCUUCUCCAUCGAUCCACUAGAAGAGAUUGGCAAUGUUAGUAAAUUUGAUAGCCCAAAAACCAGAGGAUCAUCAGCAAGUAAUGGUACUUCUGGUAAAUCUGCAACUGCAUUCACAAGUAAAGAUUCAACACAGAAAGCUUCUUUUAGAUAUUCAGAGAGUCCAUCACAGGAUAUGCCAGCAGUUCCCAGAAACCAUCAUAGAUCAUUUGACCAGUCUACUUCACCACCUUCAAGUUCUCAAUCAGAAAAUAUCCAGGUGGCGGAUGAUAUAUGGCUCACAGUGUCAGAGAUACCUCUGUUCACAAAACCAACAAAUGCUCCACCACCUUCAAGACCCCCUCCUCCAACUCCAAGGAAUAUUUCAAAAUCAGAAAGAGGCUCAAAUUCCAGAAAAGUUGGAAAUGGUUUAUCUUCACCAAAUUCCUCUAAAUACCCUCAAAGUCCUAUGCCAUUCCAGCCUGCAGCCACUAGCCCCCUGUCUGAUUCCCACUCAGCUGAAGAGAUGGACUCGAUCUUAGCUGCUACUGCAAUGAAGGAAGCCAUGGACAGAGCUGAAGCUAAAUUUAGACACGCCAAGGAAGUAAGAGAAAGAGAACACACAAAGGCUUCUAGAAACAAAGAAUGUAUACAAGAUGAAGAGAGAGAAAAGGGUAAGCAAGCAGUAGAAAGGGCAACAAGGGAAGCACGUGAGAGAGCAGCCACUGAAGCUCGUUUGAAGAUGGAGAAAGCUGCUGUUCAAAGAGCACAAGCUGAAGCCCGUGAGCGGGCAGCAGUUGGGGCAAAGGAACGGGCAGCCACUGAUGCACGGGAGAAAGAGAAGGCUGCUUUUGAGGCUAGAAAAAGAGGUGUUCAAGAAAGGGCAGCAGCUUCUAGAAUGAACCAACAAAAGAUAGAUGAUGAAUUUGAAUCAUUUUUCAGCAGUGGUUCUCGAUCCCCAAAAAGAGGACAACAGGGGGCCCACACCAACAUAAGGAAAUCAUCUGUCACCACCAGUGUCGCAGACGAUCUUAGCUCCAUGUUUGGAGAAGUUGAAGGGGAAAGUGAGGAAAGAAGAAGGGCAAGACUGGAAAGAGAGCAACGUACCCAAGAGCGUACGGUUAAAGCAUUGGCUGAAAAGAAUGAGCGGGAUCUUCAAUCUCAGAGAGAACAGGAAGAAAGACAUAGAAUUGGUGCGACUUUAGAUACUGAAAUCAAGCGGUGGGCUGCAGGGAGAGAGGGAAAUUUACGUGCACUUCUAUCCUCAUUACAAUAUGUACUUUGGCCUGACUGUGGGUGGCAAGCGGUUUCAUUGACAGAUCUGAUAACCGGUGCUAAUGUGAAAAAAGCAUACAGAAAGGCAACUUUGUGUAUACACCCUGAUAAAGUACAACAAAAAGGAGCUACUCUUCAACAAAAAUAUGUUGCUGAAAAGGUCUUCGAUAUACUUAAGGAGGCUUGGAACAAGUUCAACUCGAAGGAACUCUUUUAAAUCCUCCACUCAUGGGGCAUGGCUUCCAAAACAUGACACGUGGCAAAGCCAAUCUUUUUUGGUCUUGUAUUUGUGUAUAUUAUUUUUUUGAUUUGAUAUGGUUGGAAGGUUGAAUAUAUGUAUUUGCCGAUUCUUUUUGCUCCCUAUUUGAGCUUCCCAUGUAUUAAAAAAAACUGUUAACAGUCAGUCUCGGUGUAUUAGUUUCGAGAUGAGUGUCAUUUUGGAUGAUUUUUGAAGCACAUUCUUCUUGAUGUACCAUGUU